AAGUUUGACAAGAACUUGACAGUGGAAGAUGCGUUCAAAAUAGCUAGAAAAUAUUUUCGAUAUUUUACUUAAAUUAACGUAUAAUUAUAUUUAUUAAAUUCAUAUCUAUCUCGAAUAUUUUAAAAUUCAUUUUUUUAUAUUUUUUAUAACUUUUAAUCGCGUUCUAAUCACUUUUCAUGCAGUAUUCAUAGAAUAAAUGUAUCCACUGCAGGCAUUACCAAAUAUGGAGUUUGCUCGUUUUCCCAACCGUCCUCCCUUCGAUCCUUAGUAGCUCUCAGUUUUUAUUUUCUAUUAAUUAAUUGUGUUACAUUCAAAUGUUUUCAUUGCAUUUUCUAGUGUUACAAUUUUAAUUUCCUUCUUUUAAACAAACAUGUCUUUUAGGGUGGUCCGCAGUUCGAAGUUCCGUCACGUAUAUGGCCAGGCGUUGAAACGCGAACAAUGUUAUGAUAACAUAAGAGUAUCAAAAAGUUCAUGGGACUCAACGUUUUGUGCGGUUAACCCUAAGUUCUUAGCCAUAAUCGUCGAGUCAGCCGGCGGAGGUGCCUUCAUAGUACUGCCUCAUAACAAGGUUGGCCGCAUACCUGCAGACCAUCCCCUGGUAGGAGGACACAAGGGACCGGUCCUGGACAUCGCCUGGUGUCCGCACAACGACAACGUCAUAGCGAGCGGCUCCGAGGACUGCGUCGUCAAAGUAUGGCAGAUCCCAGACGGAGGACUAUCCCGGACGCUGACAGAGCCUGUGGUGGACCUAGUCUACCAUCAGCGAAGAGUUGGACUAGUACUCUGGCAUCCAACAGCGCAGAAUGUACUCCUAACUGCUGGGUCUGAUAACCAGAUAGCGAUAUGGAACGUGGGCACGGGAGAGGUACUGAUCACCUUGGACUGCCACCCCGACCUCAUUUACUCCGCUUGCUGGAACUGGACCGGCUCCAAACUCCUCACCACCUGCAGGGACAAGAAGAUCAGAAUAAUCGACCCUCGUAAAGGCGAGGUAGAGUCCGAAGCGAUAGCCCACGAGGGCAGUAAGGCUUCUCGGGCCAUCUUCCUCAAGCAUGGACUGGUUUUCACAACCGGUUUCAGCCGCAUGUCGGAGCGGCAGUACUCGCUGCGCACGCCGGACGCGCUGGCCGAGCCCAUCGUGACGGUGGAGAUCGACACCAGCAACGGCGUCAUGUUCCCGCUCUACGACCCCGACACCAACCUCGUCUACCUCUGCGGGAAGGGGGACUCCGUCAUCAGAUACUUCGAGGUGACGCCGGAGCCUCCCUUCGUGCACUACAUCAACACCUUCCAAACUCCGGACCCUCAGAGAGGUAUAGGCAUGAUGCCGAAGCGCGGGUGUGACGUGGCCACCUGCGAGAUCGCCAAGUUCUACCGGCUCAACAACUCCGGACUGUGCCAGGUGGUCUCCAUGACGGUGCCCCGCAAGUCGGAGCUGUUCCAGGAGGACCUCUACCCGGACACGCUGAGCGACGAGGCCAGCCUCACGGCGGACGAGUGGCUGCAGGGCGAGGACGCGGAGCCCUGUACCAUGUCGCUCAAGGAGCGCGCUUUGGUUGUGCAGGGCGGCUACGUGUCCGGUCGGGCUGCCACUCAGCUGCACGUCACCAAGAAGAACGCACUAGCCACCACCAAGGACAGAGACAAGGACCGCUCGCCGACACCCGCCGCCAAGCUUGACCGACACGCCGACAGCCACUCCGGCACGCCCGCCUCCGCCACGCCUCCGCCGGCGGUCAGCGCGGCCGUGGAGAAGCAGUUGUCAGAUUUGGUUGACGAGAUCCGAAAACUGAAAUCGGUAAUAGUAAAACAAGAGAACAGAAUUCGCGCCCUCGAGGCGGUGAUGAAGGCGUCUCCCCUCCCGCAACCCGCCUCGCCCCCGCCCUGCGCCGCGCCCCUCGUCCCCGACGCCACCAACCACGAAACCGACGGUAUGGCACCGGACGAGGUAUAGACUAUAAUGUCAUCAAGAUAUGCGAGAUUUUAGUAGGUCGCCCUGAAUUUGGUUAACCAAACAACUCAUCCGAACAACAGUUACCAUGACGCAACAGUAGAUUUUAAAAAAUUGAUCGUCAAAAAUCAACGAACGUUUUGUCAACAAACAAACAGUAAUCACUGGUAGCCGGUCGUCACCGGACAAUGUUGAUAUGCAGCUCUCAAAUUCAUUUACACUUAACUACAGAUUGAACUGUAUUCAUGAGUACUUUACGCCCGUGGCCUGUUGGCAUUAGCAAUUAUAAAUGUUAUUGACACUGGCAACAUUCGAGUAAGCUUGUUUAAUAUGUCACUAUGACCAAUUUCAGACGUCCUACUAAGAACUUUGGAACGAACCUUUAGAGUUUUGUGCGAACUUUUCUAACGAACAAAGCUCUAAAGGGAUAUGAACCAAGAACACUUGUGUAGGUAAUCAAUUAACGAACCCCUAUGACUUCUCAAAACCAAAUGAAUUGUGUUUGUUCCUGUCUAAAUGUGCGGCCAAUUGAUCCUUAUCUAGGACACUUGUCACUUUGGCUGAAGGAUAAUAUGCGUUUUAUUAAUUCUAUCUGAUGCUAUUAGAUAAUCUUUAAAGAUAUUGACGUCAAUUUAUUCUUAACUCAAGCCUGACUUACGAUGGACAGAUAGGAUGUAAUAUCGAUAUAUAAAAACGAAUUGAGUUUUCAAUAGUAGAGUCGCAGGGAUUUCAAUAUAUGACUUGAAGCUUACACCUGUUUCGUUAUGUGUCUAGUCUAUUUAAUUGUACAACAUCGAAUACUCAAUUAUUCUAAACCUAAAAAUAAAAUUUCGAAAUUUUACCCGGACAGUCUGCUGGCGGUUUUUUUUCUAAUUUUCUCAUAACUUUAGCUAUCCAAAUUUUUCCUAUAAACUUUUGGCUUAUUUUUAAAUAAAUAAUCACAUCUAGCCAAACACUAAUCCCGACGUAUGACGUCAUAUGUCAGUAAACAUUGUGCUGUUUAUCUAUGGUUAGGUGGUGGUUUAUUUUAGCCUCAAACUAAGUCAUAUCACGGUGAUGAUUUGGAAACAUAACAGAUAUCCGGCUCCCUAUUGUUUUGUAAUAUUAUCGUUAUCGAUUCUAAAUCGAUUAUGAACGAAUAUUAAUAUCAAUAUUAUCGAUUCUCGAUUGAAAACUCGAAACGUUGUGUUUGAUAUGAUUUUUGAAUCUUUAUUAAAGUUACAUGAUUUCAACGAACAAAGAUGCUUGUUUUUUUUUUUAAUAUUAUUUAAGCGUUUUGACCGUUUCGCGAGUGGCGCUUGAAACAUGUAGUGAACGUUUGAGUUUACUUGUAUGCGUGCGUCUUAGACAAAAUAGCUGUUGACUGUUGUAGAAUGUCAACAUUAGAGUCCGUAAGUUACAGGGCAAGACCUCGAAAUCAAUAUAAUGCACGGAUCGAUAUAUGCUUAGCAUUCUAUUCAAGAUUGAUUUGAUUUCAUUUUCGUUCACCGUUUUUUUUUUCGCUCAUUAGUUCGUUUUCGCUGGUGUAACUCGUUUUUGAAAUGUGCCAUGCGAUUUUUAUACUUACCGCCAAGAAAAAUAUACCAAGACAAUGCAAUGUUCGGUUGACGCACUUUUCAAAAUUUAUGAGAAACGAUGUUGCAUUGGCGAUCAAACAGGGUCACUAAUUACAUAGCCAGUGAUCCCCAAAGACAGUAAUUCUGAAUGAACUUGAUCUAAUAACUUGCGAUCAAUAGACAUUCGUCUUCUACAUUAUAUGAUGUUUUGGUUUCAAAAGAUUUGGAGCAGCGUUCGUUCAAUAUAAAACGGUUUCGCUCCGCCGCUGUUACUUGUCAAUCUUACAGAGACUCCGCGCUUACUAUGACUUACAAUUUUGACGAAUGUUUUGCGCACGCUCGCGAGAGGCUCAGUAAUUUAAAACUAAUUCUAGAAGUAAAUUUCUCGAAAUAAUGACAAUGACGCCUCAAAACAUUUACAGACCAUCGACAAUGAACUGUAAUAAAGUCUUAAUUUAUCUGUGAUAAUUAUGAUUCGCAGAUAAAAAAAUAAUAAGUAUGUCAAUGUUUUGAUGAUCAUUGUUUUUUUUUUCGAUUUUGAAGUUACUGUAGUACACUGGCGGUAAUAAUAAUUGAUUUCCCAUACAGAAUAAGCGAAUUUACAAAAAAUGCAAUUUUAAAGCUCUUUAAUGAAUCAAGAACAUAAAAGACCCUUAAAGGUAACAUGGUACUUGAAAAUAGUUUAACUUGAACUAGAAAUAUGCGUAUCUAAUAAACGACAUGUAUGUAUUGAGCACGGUAUAAAUUAAAAUAUACACAAAAAACUCAAGAAAUAACUUUAAUUUAAAUUUCUAAAAUAAAAACGAUACUACCAUUUUUCUGUGCGCCAGUGUACGAUCUAUUUAUUUAUAAUACUAAUAAUAUAAACAUACGUAUUGUAAAUAGUUAAUUUUACUUUGUUUCAUAUAAGUUAUUAGCGUGCCCUAUACAAAAAAAAAACUGUGAGUUGUGGCGUUGGUAUACGCGGGGUUACGGUUUUGCCCGACUGGCUACUUCUAGUCGCGGGACCAUACGUCUGUUGGUCACCUUGUCUCCCACAUGCCCGCCAUGAAACUCUCAAGUUAACUACAGGGUGUUCCUUGAGGUCCCCUGGUGCACGGCCCAUCAAAUAGGCUCUCUAUUCGCUUGCCUAUUACGUUAAUAAAACGGUUGCUGUCGUCUCUUGUGACACAUUUUAUAUCUGUGUUCAUAUCGUAGUGAAAAAAUGCGAUUAAGAUAAAUAAAACAUGCUAAACCUCGGCAUCGCUGUCUGUUUAGUUAUUUUAAAAAAACGUUGAGUAAUUGGGUAUUUAUUUUUUAAUUGCAUUUAAUAAACGAUGCACGGUCAACGGAAUUAAAUAAUGGAAUUUAGAAAAAAGAAAUAGCUUUGACUAUCUCGCAAUUUGUUGCAAACAGAUCUUUAGUCUUUAUGCCUUUGUUUUUUCAUUUCUAUUCUUCUAAAUAACAUAUUUUUCUAGUUUCCUAGUUAACGCAUGUUGUCUCCUCUAUACUAAUACGAAUAGUUUUAAGCAAGAUUAUGAUUUUGAAAUACUUUGCGUGUCGGUUGAACAAUUAAAAAAUCAUUUGGCGCGUAUUUGAGUUCAUCAUUUGUUUUUCGCGGGUUUAUUUUUCGUCCUGAUUAUUGUCGUUUUAGCGUUACGUGAAAAAUAAAAUUAGAUGACGAAUACUUCCGUUAGGAAAAGUUGAAUUUGUUUUAAAAUUAACAUGCAUGUUGCUUCGAGGGCUUCAAAUAAUAUUAUUAAAAAAUUCAGUCUAUUACGUUCGGUCUAACUAAAAGGCUUUGGCCACCACAUACUGUUUUAUUUUUCAACUUCAAAAAUUUACUUUUCUACAAAAAAUUCUAAUAUCAAGUGUUUAUGUUUUGUAUGAUUUAGAAAUUUCGGUUACCUUCAACUAAAUUGCCACGAGUUCUAAAGACCGUUAAUAAUAAUACGUUUUCAAAUCUCGUAACAUGUAGUGCUCGUGAAAGCUAUUAAUUAGCAACCAGUCAAAGUUAAUCCUUUCGAUUGACUUAUUGACUACGAAGGAACUUUCAAUAGUUUUGUUGCUUCUCUCGACGAACCAGCCGCCCAAAAAUCACAUGAUUUUGUUUUGACAGCUAGUUAUGUCACCUCUAAUAGUGACAGUUGACAGCUAGAGUCGUACUGUCAUUGUUGAAGCAGCGAGUAUGUAGUAUUAAUGUAAAUGAAUGAACGAAUUAAGUAUUAUAGUGAAUGUAUUUGUAAUGUAUUACAUUUUUUAGAUUUUUCUUUAUUAUUAUUAAUUUUUUUUGUAUUUCUAAGACGGCGUUAAGUUUAGAUGUUCGUGAAUCAUGACAAGGCUUAAAAAUGAAUGAGGAUGAGUUUUUUUUUUUUUUAGAAUUUGUAUGAAAAUGCUUGUUUUUUUUACCUCUGGAAUAUUCAUGUAAAUUAUUUUAUUAAGUAAAAAUUAAUAAUUAUUGUUUGUGAAGCUUUCUGUAAUAUUUGUUUUUCCUUUUGUUUAGUUAUUUAACAUUUAUUUAUAACCCUGUUAUAUUUACGUAAUUAUGAAUUAAAAAUCGAUUUAACAUACAAAAAUAAUAGGCAUUUUUGGGAAGUAAUUACAAAAGAUAUUAAAAAUGUUUAGACGGUUUUCGAAAAAUAUUCCUUAUAAAUAUUAUUUAUGUAAGUUUAAAGUGGAGAAGUUUUGCUCAUUACAGAAAUGCUUACACCUAUUGUAUUAAUGAAUUAUGAUUUUUGGUACUAAAUACGUGCUAUAAUUAUGAAUUAUACGCUAUGCUAAUUAACAUGGACAUAACAUGUAAACAAACUGUCAGCAACACUUGCUAAUGUAUGUAUUUGCCAGUAUUUUUAAUUUUAAAUAUAAAAGAUCGUGCUAUCGACAGUCAUUAAUUAAUUAUCUGUGUAAGUUCAUAUUUAUAUACUCCUUGAUGAAAUAAAAUGUUAUUUUUAAAACUGAAAAUAGUAAAAUAAGCGCACAAAUUUAUAUUUUCUAAAUUUUUUUUUUGUUUAGAGAUAAAUAGCAUUUUUGUCUUUUUAUGAAAUCAAAGCAAAGAAAUGUGUUUGUCUGUUUUAAAUAAAACUUCUUACCAUUGGAUUUAUGAAAACGUUAAAAAUAAAUACUUUAAUUCUUAGGCUUUUGAAAUAUGACUAUAUAUUAUUAUUUGCAGUUAAUUAUUUAUCGGUAAUAGUAGUAUAAUUACAAUAACUUUAAUUACCUUGAAAUUGCUGCUAGUUAAAUUUUAGUAUUUACGUAUAAAAAGCAAUAAUAUGUGUUUCAAUUUGCACAGAAUAUCGGUCUCACAAUAAUCUGUUUCAUCAUUUACAAGUAGGACAAAUGCGGUUCAUAACUAGAAAUUAUUUAAUUCAGUAUUGUAUGUAUAUCGUUCGUAUUUUUAGUAGGAACAUACAGGGUGGUGCCUUACCUUUGCAGGGUGUAGCCCGAGGACUUGUAGAACAGCAGUAAUUUCAUUGUGAAAAUCGGUGCUCAGCGAGCGAAAGUGCCAAAUUGUUGUUUUUUUUUAUAAAUCUACAACAUUGGAAUUAAUAUAUAUAUAUAUAUAUAUAUAUAUUAAAAUUUAUUCAAUGUAAAUAAGUGCCUUGUGUUAUCACGAGUCUUACUCAUGAAAACGUUGCUAUUACGAAUGUUAAGCUGAAAUAUAAAUAUAUUUUACUAUUUUCA